UUGUACGAAAACCGAACGAUUCUUGGCGUAUGCGGUCUUUCCGGUAAACAAACUUCGUGCAUCGCAGAGCGGCGAAGUUGCGCGACCUUUCUGCCGCAUCGCAGAUGCACGACCAUCGUCGGCAUGACUCGUCAUCGUUGCGACAUUACGGCGAAUUCGUGAGGUUCACGGCGAAAAGAGUGGUGUUCGGCAGCGUCCGUGGUAGCGUCGUCGUAACGUCGCCGGAAUGGCUGUAAACGGGAUCCCGUACUUGGCCCUGAGGCUGCUGAUACUGAUGGGCCUGUACGUGGCCGCCCACGACACCGCCAACGGUACCGUCAGGUGUCAAUUCGGCAAGCCUAUGCGCAAGCAGGUGCCGGCGGAGCCCUUGAACGGCGUGUGUCUGCGAGACGUUGCCGCGCAGGUGUCCGAGAAACUGCGCUCCAUCGUCGACGAGGAGCUCGGUGUGUCCUCCUUCCAGGAGACGAUAGACAAGAUGGAGUUCACGCAAAUAUCCGGCACGAAGCUGAGCCUGUUGGUGGACAAGCUGAACAACAAGCUUAGGAUGUACAGUGACUUUCUCGUGCAGAGCUACGACGUGAUACAAUCUGUCCUGUCCGAGACACAGGAUCAUUCUAUUUUUUCUAGUCAAAUAGCCAGCCUAAAUAUCAUGCAGGAUAGAGUUUCCGAUAUGUGUACUCGGCUCAUAACAGCACUUGCGACAGAUGGUGCGACAAGGUGUCAGGAGUGGAAAAACUUGCAUGUGCUGCUGAUACGCCAGCCUGACACAAUUUGCGGACCUCCCACAUUGGCGCACAACAUCGGCCCUCUCGUGUUAUCUCAGUAUUGCACUGAGAAGAAUGUCAUUCUACUUUUGGAGCACAGCACAUUCAUGUCUGAAACUGAUUUUGCUUUGACUCAAAUGGCAGCCAAAACUAUCAUAGAUAUGUUGUCUGAGACUGAUAAUGUAGCAGUUGUUAGCCUUGCCAAUGCUGUUCCCUUGUAUUGCAAAGAUGGCUUGUUGAAGGCGACAGAUAUCAACAAGUUCCAAUUAGCUCGUUAUAUCGAUGGUUUAGUCAGAAUAGAUGUUAAUCAGACGAUGGAUACUGACUUUCUGUCGGAAAUAUUCACCAGAAGGAUGACGCAAAAUUUAAAGGGUGAAGUAGUUAUUAUACACUUGACUAAUAAGUUCAAAAACGCAUCGAAUGUGCAAGGACUUUCCGAAAUAAUUUCGAGAACGUCCAAGAUUCACAUCAGGACAAUACUUAUUCUUCCAGACCAAGAAUCGCACCUCGGUAUUAAAGAACCCUUAAACAAUGACAGUGUCAUAGUUCUCCCGACGCAAAAUGUCCUCGGGUAUGAAAUAGGAAAACUAUUUUCUUGCUUGCAAUGUCCUAAUCAGCCCAAGAGAGAUUAUCACAUAUCAGACCCGUACUUUGAGCCGUAUAGCAAGACGAUGACACUGUCCAUUGGGAGGAUCACAAAUGUAGCAUUGCUGUCCUUAAACGUGAAAUUGCGCGAUGUCCUCGAUGAAAUAACAUAUUUUAAUGCUGGCCCAAACGUACAUGCUAUACUCUUCGACAGCAAAGGUGUGGUUUGGAUGCAUAAGAAUUUCCCCAGGACCGAGACUGUAAACGAGCAACCGCUCAAAGUGCAUUUACAAGAUAUUGAAAAUAUCGAUGGUCGACAAGUGAAGAAAAUGAUAAACGAGAGCGAGGGGUUCUUAAAUGUGGAAACAAAAUUGGGCGAGCAAAGACGAUAUCAAUGGAAACAUUUGAUUUACGAAGACCUAAUAAUAUGUUUGGUGUCCACGACUGAAGAGGCAAUAUUGCCCGUUGCCAAGACUGUGCCUUCGCUACCAAUGGACAUAUUGCAUCACCGUCUCGAUCUUAUGCUUCAAACUAUCGUUAACAAAGACACCCUCUGCGCCUACAGAAACAGAAUUGUAACGUAUUCAACGGGGGUGGUUUAUCUGUCACCGUGGUGCUUUCAGUCUCCGAUGGAGCAACUGAAAUUGUUGGAGACCGGCUCAGCCGUGACUGUGCAGAGUUACAUGGCGUACAUAAAGGAUCUGACAGGUCUUUUAGCCAAUCCCGGCUUGCAUUCGACUGUAAAACCGGACGUAGCGACUCUGGCGCAAGUCUUGGAACACUUCAAGAAGCAACACACCGAGAGUGCGCUGAAUAAAUUUGUAAUACGAAGGUAUGUCGUCAGCGCGAUCAGCGGCGUUUUGGAGAUAUUCCCGGGACUGAUAUUGGAUUCUAGUUUCGAUCCCAAGAGACGAAUGUGGUACGGGAAAGCGCUGGAGCAUCCCGAUAAAGUGGUCUUGACCCCGCCUUAUUUAGACACAGGCGGAUCGGGCUACGUGAUCACUCUCAGUCAAAUCGUGAAGGUCUCCGUGGUGAGGAACGAAAGUGCGAACUACGUCAUCGCUGUCCUGGCCAUGGACGUUCCCAUGAGCUACGUCGCGAGGCUGCUGUCGGACAUGUAUCCGUUCUGCAACGACGCGACCGUCAAGUGCUUCCUGAUGGACGACAAGGGCUACCUGGUGUCUCAUCCCGCGCUGUUGGAGGCCACAGGCAAGAUCGAGCAGCAGCAUCUGACGCACAAGGAGCUUCUGGUUGCUAACGACAUAUUGAAUCACGGACUGUUUGUGAAGAAGAAGUCGUGCGCCAGCCACUUGGACGGCACGGUGCAGCGAUACUACCAGUUCAAUACGUCGCUCGACGAGGUGCUCACAAACAUGGCGCACGGCGAGCACUGUGUUAAAUAUCAGGUGGCCGCUGUACCAAGCACCAACCUCUUCAUCGGAGUUGUCAAUGUAACGGCACAGUGCAGCCAGCUUCGAGCCUUCUGUCCCUGCAGCACGAUGGAUCAUUCGUGUCUAAACUGCAAGAGCAUGGAGCAAACUGGCUGUGAGUGUCCUUGCGAGUGCUCGUUGUACACUUCCAGCUGUACGCAGCCAAGCACCGACGAUCUAAAUUCCUGCUUACCAUUGUACGAGCAAGGCUCGAGUCUGCAGACCCCGUGGAUCCAGCCAGUGAAUUUGAAAGCAUGCCCGUCCGUCGUCUGCAAGUCGUACAUAACAGAACGGGACUGCCUGGGCGUCGUGAACUGUCAGUGGUGUCACAUCGACACCGACGGCGAGACCUCUUUGCAGCAUCCGUUUUGCUCCGACAUGUCCGUAUGCUUCAAGGGAGUGUUCGGCUCCUUGAUACCUUACAACGACGGCAGCUACAAUUCACAAUCGGCGGAUGAUGUCGCGACACGAAGUCCGUCGGUUGGGCCGGUGGCCGGCGGAGUCUUCGCCCUGGUUCUGAUCCUGGGCGUCAUCCUGUUCUGCUACAGGCUGCGAUCGGUGCACUCAGGCGUCGAGCACCAGUGUUUGCACCUGCACACCUCGCCCGACACGUUGCGCAUGACGCAUAUUGAGGGCGAUCCGGAGCCGACGGAAUUGGACCAAGUCAAGAACAACUUGGACUGCCUCACGAGGGACAGUGUCGCGCCGGUGUCCCCGUACAGGGUCUCCACGAACUACAGAAGACCGCCCGGCGGAGACAGCGAUCACGGUUACAGCACCAUGACGCCGCACGACGACUCCGAGCAGCAGACGUUCGUGGAACCUCUGCUGGUAGUGGGCAACAACGUGGAGCCAGAUUUGAACAGACAGUCCUCUACUGGAAUGCCUUCCCCUACGACGUACUUGGGCUCGCCUCAUCACGUCUUAGCGCCUGUGACCGUCCAUCGUAACAUGGAGACAAACUACUGUUAGCGAAGCUGAAACUGCCAUUAAUUUGAGAGAGAGAGAGAGAGAGAGAGAGAGAGAGAGAGAGAGAGAGAGAGAGACACAUGCGCGAGAUCCUCGAAGCGUUGCUCAGUCUUAAGCUGGAUCUACAGUUCGAUUGCUGGUAGUCGUAAGUCCGUAAGAUCGCUGCCCUUCGGAUUGAUCGCAGCGCCGUUGAAAUUGGAAAUUGACUGGAUCGACUCGAAUGACCGUGCGAUUACAUUGUACGUCCAGCUUCAAGCUUGAUCUACGAUAUGCCCUUUGCAUCUUUGUUUCUUGCUCUCUAUCUUUCUUCUGUAAGAACUUUUGUUUACUCAUGGAAAAGAAAUAGAGAGCAAGAAACAAGACGCAGAGAGAGCACAUUGUAGACCAAACUUUAGCGUUCCGUCUCCUGCUGAAGUUGCGUCAUCUUUUCUCCUUGCAAUCUUAAAAUAUAAGGGUUAAAGCGAUACGCAUCUUGUAACAUUAGAACGAUUGGCCGGGAUAAUUUCGACCGCUGAGUUUCCUUUUAAUCGUGUAUUUAUUUAUCCCUCACAUUGUACAACGGAUUGUUUAACACGUUUGCUACCAGAGUUUGAGAAGAAAAUCUUGCACCACAGCCCAGGGUGUUUUUGUUAGAAUAUGUCCCUAAUCGAGAUGGAUUUUUUUAGGAUAUAUUUAUAACAUAAAAAUGUAAUUAUCUCUAGACCAAAGACAUUCUACAUCUAUUUUAUUGUUUUUUAGUUCAACAAUACUGUUCAUUUCCAAAUUUAUCGCAAUACGUUAUCAUAAACUGACAAAUAAUACGCACAUCUGUGACGGUGGUAGCGAACGUGUUAAGACAACAGAUGUACGUUCGAGGAAAUAUUUUUACCGUGUUUGAUGACUAAAUGUGUUCUGAAUAAGAACCGAGCGCAAAAAUAUAUUUUUCAUCGCAUACGAGGCGAUAUUGCUCGACCUCUCAACGAGGAUAUCAGAAACGUCGUUCUAGUAUAAUAUAAGAGAAUAAUAUUUCACGUUACAUUUGAUCACGGAAUUGUCUGUAUAGUUUCUGUCACAGUAAGCGGUAAGCAUAGAUCUUUCCAUAUUGACGAGCUUAAAAGAGCAUUUUUAACUUUUGUAAACUAUAUAUAUACCUAUCGAUACUGAAGACAUCCGUAAGUGCUGCUAACGGUUUACGAGUUGUGAGAGUUUCGUGAGAGACGAUAUAAGUAGCUAUGUCGAGCAAGGGACUUAAAAGUACGUUUACACUUAGUAGAUAAUUACCUCAGAACGAGUUAUCUACAGAAUUCUAAUCGCAUAUGACUUUGAGAUUGUGUAAAAACAUACUAUUUUAUUACGAUUAAAUAUUGCAGCUUACCAAGUAGUAUUUUAAUGUGACGAGGUUAGCGAGUAUACUAAUGAUAUAUUCAGAUAUAGGUGCUAUACAAUCAUAAUUGUGCAAGUCGAGAGAGGUUUACACGAGAGAGAGAGAGAGAGAGAGAGAGAGAGAGAGAGAGAGAGAGUAUAUCGUUGUUAUUGUUGAGUAUAGAGAAACGACGUUAACGUGAAAUGUUAGUGCCAGUGGUAGCAACUUGUUCUUAUUUUCGUCGGAGCGAGUAAACGUUGAUUCACUGCCUGAAAUAUUGCCAUCACGUAUCGCGUGGUAUUUUGAGAGAAUCACAAUACAUAUACAAGAUGCCUAAAAAAAAAAUGUAUACACACGCUGAAUGAUUAUAAGAUCAGCGUCCAUUAACAUACGGUUCAUUUUCAAAAUUUAAAAGAAUCUACAGAAAUAAUGUUUGUUUGUCAACGCCUGUUUUCAAACAGAUCACCGUUCUGGUCCACGCGCUGCAGAUAACGCGAAGCACUGAAAUCGCAAAUAUCAAGUACAUAUAAAUAUAAAUAUACAAGUAUGAAAGUGUGUAUACAUUUUUUUAAGUAUAAUUCAGUCUACGAUAAUAGUAUAAAACAAAAGUGAGGUUUAAUUUGUCUUUAAGUCUUUUCUUUUCCUUUUUUUAUGAUAGAAUUAUAAGACUGCUGGCGGUUUGUCACAAUUCCAUGACUUAUUCUUAGAAACUUUUCACUUUUCGCUCUUAUCCUUUGUCUUUACACAGCGUGUACUUACUUAUCAUGGUUCAAACGAUUAACGAGUGCCAAAACGCGAACAGAACUUUGUGAGCGGUGUCGAGUAAUUUUUGAAAAUUGUACAUACAGAUCCGUAUUUUGAUCGCACGUUUACUAGAUGCGUGUUCUUGAUUCUCAAGCCCUGGAGUUACGUUACACGUGACUUUCACGUAAAAUAGGUAGGACUUGGAGAAUCGGAUGGCUACGUUUAGCGCAUAAAUGUGCCGUUAGAAUGUGGACCAUAGAGAAUCUACGCGUAUCACCUAUUUAUAUGAUCUAUGAUUUUAUUUAAGCAUCAGAUUUUCGAGGAGAAAUUUCGAAAAGAAAUCGUAAUUUCAUCAUUGCACAUGGCGAUUAUCACAGUAGAAUUAUUGAGAAACAGUAGAUCAAUGGGAGUCAAUAUAUCACACAUCGGUGUGUAAGUUGUAAUGACUUUUAUUGACGUGAGGCUGAUUACGCUAUCAAUACAGGAUACGAGCCGAUCGUAUCGGCAUAUCGUGAUGUUUAAAUAUUUUUAUGAUAUAUAUAUAUAUAUAUAUAUAUAUACAAUAUGAUAGUAAUAAUGUGA